CCAUUCACUCACACCAACCAUAUAUAUUCAAUCAUCAUCACCAGAUCCCAAUCUGUUUCUCUCUCUAAAAUUCACUCACAUACUCUCUCUCUCACACUCUUCCAGUCCUUUAUCUAUUCUCUCUCUAAAAAUUAACCAUGGGAGUCAGCAACAAAAUAACCGCACUCCUCAACUUCACAUCACUCCUCUGCUCCAUCGCCAUAAUUGCCGCCGGCAUCUGGCUGGCCUCGAAGCCCGACAACGAGUGUGUCCACUGGCUCCGGUGGCCGAUCGUCCUCAUCGGCGUCCUCAUCCUCCUCGUCUCCCUCGCCGGUUUUGUCGGCGCCUACUGGAACAGGCAAGGCCUCCUCGCAUUCUACCUCAUCUGCAUGGCCCUCCUCAUCAUCCUCCUCCUCAUCGUCCUUGUCCUCGCCUUCGUUGUCACGCGCCCCAACGGCGAGUACUCCGUCCCUGGCAGGUCAUUCCACGAGUACCGGCUCGCCGGAUUCUCGUCGUGGCUGAGGAACCACCUUACCAACUCAGGGAAUUGGGGCAAAAUUAGGGCUUGUCUCGCUGAAUCAGAUGUCUGUUCUAAGCUCAGUUUGGAGUAUGUCUCUGUGGAUCAGUUCUUUGCUGCUCAUCUCUCUCCUCUUCAGGCAAGAUGUUGUAAGCCUCCAACAAUUUGCGGUUAUCAGUAUGCGAAUCCAACAAUGUGGAUCAACCCGGUGAACCCGAUGUCCGAUGUGGACUGCUCCAUCUGGAACAAUGAUCCGAACCAAUUGUGCUAUGGAUGUGAUUCUUGCAAAGCUGGUCUGUUGGGAAACUUGAGAAAGGAAUGGAGGAAAGCCAAUGUGAUACUAAUAGUAGCAGUGGUGGUGCUAAUAUGGGUUUAUCUGAUUGCUUGCAGUGCAUUAAAGAAUGCACAAACUGAAGAACUCUUCCGCCGAUACAAAGAGGGUUGGGUUUGAUCUUAUUCCCAAACACACUUCAUCUUUUCAAACUGGGUGGUUUCCUGCUUUUUAGCUGAUCUGGUGCAAGUUUAUUUGUCAUUAUUGUAUAUUUUUCUCUGUACCAUUAAAUCUAUAGAUUAUGUGAACUUCAAUUAAAGCUAGUUGGAGACUUGGUUUUUACACACAUUCUAAAUUGUAUUAGGAUCCCAAUAAUCAUCUUUUCACUGGAGUAUUAGAUUCUUCUAAUCUCAGUGCAUGUUGCAACUGCUGCUUGAUUGAUAUACAUUUUAGUAUUUAUACACAUCUUUUUAGAGUAACAA